CUUCCUGUCGACCCAAUCGAGCGUUUCUAAAUAUUUACUUGAACAAAAAUAUGAAAUUGCGGUUCUUUUGAUGAAGUCACCGUCGCUGCACAGUCAUUAAUUUUUAAUGUUUACUCAUAAUAUGCUGGGAAAUCCAUAAAAAUUCCCGCGUGUUUACAAAUUUUCCAGCUCAGUGAACGUUUUUUUGCCGCAUAAAUUACUCAUCGGCAGCAUGGAAAUCACUUUUCUCGUCAUAAAUUCCGUGAUUUUGGUGACGACGGUGCUCGAGUGUCUUAUAGUUUUUGGGCUUUUGUCGCAAGACUUUCGGAAUCGACGAAUUUCGCACAAUUUUGUCAUCUCGCUCUGCGUCGCGGAUCUCGUUCACGCGAUUUUCGGGUGUGGUGUCCUCAUUCACAUGGCAUCCGGACUCAAAUUAAUCGAUUCCUCGUGUCAUCUGGAAGUGACUUUGCUCACAACGGCGCACACAAUAUCGCUUGUUUGCACAAUCGUGACGAGUCUCGAUCGGUAUUUCGCUAUUGGGCAUCCCUUGGAGUAUCAGGCAAAAAUGACAGAUCGGAAAUCGUUCGUGAUAAUUGGCGUUGGAUGGGUUGUUGGAGCCUGUGUUGGACUGUCAAGUUUGUUUUUUGAGCAAGACAGGAACAAAUUGAGGCCAGUUGUGAUGGAGAGACUCAAUACGACGUCGUGCAUUUUGAUUGGGAAUGUCUUGAAGCCGGGAUUUUUGGUUUUUGUCACGUUUUUCUUUAUUUUUCCGUGCAUUUUGGUGACUAUCGGAUUGAAUGUUGCGAUUUUCGGAGCAAUGAAUAAAGUUUUCAACUCAACCGCAGUCAAAAGCUCAAAACGUUCAUUUUUCGCCUGGCUCCAAGUGCAACGCGAACUGGAAAAUGCCGGAGAUCUCCGUCUAUCAGACAUGCUAAAAGUUCGCGAAGUUCGUGCGACGCUCAUCCUCUUCUUCACCGUCAUCGUGUUCCUGCUUUGUUGGGUGCCCGCUGUCGUCAUUCUCAUUGUGCACAAAAUCCGACCGAUUUUGGGAAGUGUGACGGAAAUGUUUCUCGUGUGUACCGUAUUGAAAGUCUACUCGAUGAUAAAUCCCGUAAUUUAUGCAUUCACGCUCAAGGAUAUCCGGCGAGCACUGAAGAGAUUUCUCUGUCGCGCACCACAAGCCGAAACGGAAGGAAAAAUCACGAGAUCAACAACGGCACCCGCUGAAUUCAGUGGCAACAAUGAACUGGAAGUUAUUGAAUGAGAAAAAAAAUAUUUUUUAUCACUUAUUGUGGAAUAAUAUUGAGAUCUAAUCACUAUUUUAUGUGUUUUUUGCACUAAAAGUCAGAAUU